UGCCGCUGCUCCCAAACGGCUUUGUUUCUCUUGUUUCUGAGCUGACCGUAUUAUGUAGGCUCUGCAGAAAUGGCGAGGCUCUCUCUUCCCGUUGCGGGUGUUAAUACCCUUUGUUGGUAAGGGUUUGCUGACGUCACGAGGCAAUGUCUGAGCCUGAAACUGACGCUGGAUUGCUGAAUAGGAUGUCGACGGAAACAAUCCAGAGUCAUUGAAUAUGCGACAAGAAGGAAUGAAACAACCUCAGGAAACGGAGGAAGAAGAACCCGAACAGACUUCGGAUUUAUAAUGCCAGCAGCUUGUGCCCUUGCUACCUGAUUCUCCUUUUGGAUUUAAGAUCAUGUCCGUUCACGUUGUAGCGUUUGGAAAUGAAAGAGGUGCAUGUUCCGAGGAUGAUCCGCAGAGUAGUCUGAUCUGGACCUACCUUGGGAGAAGUGCUCUUGUUUCAGAGACUGACAGCAGUUUGUUGCUGAACUCUGCCAACUAUCUUAGAAAUCCUUCAUUCACCGAAUAUCAAGCUUGUGUGUUUGGAAAUGUCAGAUUGGUUAUACAUGACUGUCCUCUCGGGGAUAUUUUUGACAGUGACUGGUACACAUCUCGGAACCUUAUUGGAGAAGCAGAUAUCAUUGUGAUUAAAUACUCUGUAAAUGACAAGUCUUCAUUUCAAGAAGUAAAGGAUAUUUAUGCACCUCUGAUUAAAAAAGCAUUAAACCACUGUUCAAUUCCAGUCAUAAUUUCUGCUGUUGGUGCAAGACAAAACGAUGUUCCCUGUACUUGUCCUUUGUGUAUCUCAGACAGAAGGAGCUGUGUUACAGCUUCUGAAGGGAUCCAGCUUGCUAAAGAACUAGGAGCUACUUAUCUGGAACUGCACAGUCUCAAUGAUUUCUACAUAGGAAAAUAUUUUGGAGGAGUGCUGGAAUAUUUUAUGAUACAAAGUCUGAAUCAGAAGUCAAUUGAAAAAAUGAAGAAAAGAAAAAAACCCCAGAAGUGCCAUGAAAUUAAGCCACCUCAACUUGAGCAGCCAGAAAAAAUGCCAAUCUUGAAAGGUGAAGCCUCGCAUUACGAUUCCGAUUUACAUAACCUGUUGUUCUGCUGCCAGUGUGUGGACGUGAUAUUUUAUUCUGAAGACUUGAAGGAAAUAGCAGAAGCUCACAGGAUUGUCCUGUGCUCUGUAAGCAAUGUCUUCAUGUUAUUGUUUAAUGUGAAGAGCCCAGAUGACAUUCAGGAUCCUUCUGUCAUUAGGAUGGCUCAGACCCUUUUUGCAGUGGACCAGGAAGCUGUGUAUCCAGUUUCAAACCAACGCUCAUCAUGCAACUCACCAGUAAGAGUCAUUGUUAAAGACUCUUUCUUCUGUUCUUGUUUGUCAGACAUUCUGCACUUCAUUUAUUCAGCUGCAUACCAGUGGGAAUUACUGGAAGGACAUAUAAAAAAGAAGGUAAAAGAUUCUAGCAUUGUUGAAGAUAUCCUUGAAAAAGUAAAAUGUAUUUUGGAAAUUCCAGGAAAGGUUAACUCUCAAAAUUGCAGGUUAUAUGUGUCAAAAAGACCCUUGCAAUUAUGUAACAGUUCUCUCAGGCUUUUCUUUAAUACAACAGUAUUAGCUGAUGUCAUGUUCAAAAUACAAGGUGCUGUUGUGCCAGCUCACAGAGCAGUCCUAGUGGCCCGAUGUGAGGUAAUGGCAGCUAUGUUUAGCGGGAAUUACAUAGAAUCAAAUAGUUUUCUGGUUCCAGUUUUUGGGAUUUCUAAGGAUACUUUCCUCUCCUUUCUGGAGUAUCUGUAUACGGACUCCUGUUGUCCAGCCAGCAUUCUGCAAGCCAUGUCACUCUUGAUUUGUGCUGAGAUGUACCAAGUGACAAGACUCCAGCACAUCUGUGAACUUUAUAUCAUCACACAGCUCCAGAGUAUGCCUAGUAGGGAAUUAGCAUCAACAAGCUUGAGUGUUGUCAACUUGCUUAGAAAAGCAAAGUUUCACAACUCCGAUUGCCUUUCAAAUUGGCUUCUUCAUUUUAUUGCUUCUAACUAUUUAAUCUUCAGUCAGAAACCUGAAUUUGAAGACCUUUCAGUGGAAGAACGCAAUUUUGUUGAGAUGCAUAGAUGGCCUUCUAGUAUGUACUUGAAACAGCUUUCGGAAUACAGGAAUUACAUUCAUUCUCGGAAAUGCCAUUGUGUAGUAAUGUAAACUCAAAGCUGAUCCUUCUUUAUUGUGGACAAACAGAACGGCAAUUGCUUCAGGAAUCUUACAGCAGCACAAGACUCAAAGCAAAUACUGCUAUGAAAUUAUCUAACUAUAAUAUUGCACUUGCUAAUGAAUAACAACUGUACCUUUUAGUAGCAUGUGAAACAAUUUAUAGGACAGCUUAAGAAUUUACCCAGGUUAUGCUUCUGAGUCUGAUCUGCAUGUGUGGGUGCUGUAACUUCAACGUCUGUCAUGUUAUUUCAAUUUUAUACUUUUGUUCUCAAAAGUUCUUGAAAAUCUGCCUGCCUUGUUUAUUCAAAUUUUAAACUCCCAAAAACAUACAUUCCAAGUUUGUUAUAUUUCUGUAAACUCUGCUCCUUUAAAAAGCACAGAACCAACUUUUUCUCAUUAAAAAUUCUCCAAUUCCUUUAUUGACUUUUUAGGAACUAUUGUUAAAACUCCAAGCUUAGUAUUAUGUUGCUACACUGGGAAUUAAAUAUUUAACUCCGGUUAGCUGCAUCAGAUUCCUUUGCAGUUGCAUUAAAAAAUUACUUUCUUUGGGGCAGAGCUUUGGAUCAGGGCCAUAAGUGCUGGGAAAAGGGUACCACAGCAGAAGUUUCUCCUCCUGCACUGUGGCCCCUGGCACUCAAAACAACAGUUUGGAGAUUUUGGCAUCACAGCAAGUUUUACCCCAUGUUCCAUCUUACUCAGGAGUCUGGCUUAGUCCACAUUACCCAUGCAGUAUUUAGUAAUAGAAAUAAUGACAGCCAUUGUUUUCAUGGUCCCUUUCUGUACUUUUGUCCUCCACAUUUCCUACUACACUAUCAUAUUUUUAAUUGUUUCGCCAGGGAGUUCAGGGUGAUUCUCAUCCUCCCAUUUUAUUCUUACAACAAUCCUAUUAGUCUGAGAGUAAGUCACUGAACCAAGUUCACACAGUAAGUUUCACAGCUGAGUUGGAAUUUGAACCUGGGUCUUCCUAGCCAAAGCCCAAUCAUUGCUUCAUACUGGCUCUCGCAUGCUUUCAGGACAGUUUCUGUGGAAAUCUCUCACAUGCUUUUGGGACAAUUUCUGUGGAAGAAAAUGAUGACAAUGAACACACUUUCAGAACUCUGUAAAUAUUCUAAAUUCAUUCAAGCAGAUGACAAAUCCUGAUCUAACAUUUUCCACAUGAAUUACUUCACUGAAAUUAUUACAAAAGUCAUGCUGAGCUGUGGGCCUGACUCUGCUAUCAGAUGCAGGGACUGGGUGUCAAAGGCCUUUUCCGCACACAUCAUUUAAAUGACGUAAGGCAGGAAAUAAAAUGUUUCCUCCAUAAAAUUUUGCACUAUUUUCCCCCUCUUCGUUUCUAAAAAUGUUUUCAAGCAACUUUUUCUCCAUUUUAUUUAAAAACCCUUAAAACCCUUGUCUGAAAUGUUUCCAAGAUGUCUUUCUUUGCUGUGUGGUCGUAUUUAAAUUGUUUUAUCUUUCUUAUUGCUGAUCACCACACCUCUAUGUUGUUGCCCAACUUCCCCCUUGGUUCUGUUUUGUGUGUGUUCUGUGUUCUUUUCCCCUCACCUCUCAUUUUUGUCAUUUUGUGUGUGUGUGUGUGGUUUUUGUUUUUUUUACUGUUUGGGAGAAUUUACAAAGCCUUGGGUUAAAUGGAGCUACAGAGCAUUGAAUCAGUAUAUCUAGAAAGCAUAAUCUCAAUGGAAGAGCAAUUUUUUUUUUUAAUUACAGUGGCCAUGAUACAUUUGGAGGGAGAGAAUGUGGACAAAGAUUGAGGGGAAGGGUGAAUUGAAAAUGUUCUGGAAACGUGGAAUGUGACUUGUGCAACAAGGGUCUAGGGUCCAUACCUGCAUUAUCAACCUUUAUGCAUCAAUAGGGCAAAGUGGUAUGCAAAAAAUUGGAACAAUCCCUGAAACUCAAGGAUUGCUCAAAUGGAUUUCUUACAGUUUAAUCUGGGAAGGAAGAAGAUUGAAGCAGCUAUACUGGUAUUCUGCACUCUGUCCAUUUUGGAUCAAGAUCUUACAUGCUGCAGGGACCUUUGCAUACCUCUCCAUAGGGCUUGUUCUCCCAUCCUAAUCUUCUUGUCACUGUAGUAUAUUCAGCAAACCCUGGUCAGCUGUAGGUGAGCCCUGACUGGUUCACAAACAGCCUGCAUGUCUGGGUUGGCUGGGAUUCUAAGAGCUAGAUGUCUUCUGGGGGCAUGAACCACCCAUGAACCAAUGGUUUCACAGUAGAAGACUCUGCAUUUUUCUUGUUCCUGUGUUUACUGAGAUCUAUUCUAAGCUGGGGACUUCCUAGUUGGAAGAUCAUACUUCCAGGCAAUAUAAUUACUCCCACAUAAGCUCCCACUCACACAUUUCAGUGACCCUUCUAUAUAGUGAUUACAUUAGUUUGAUAUUUUCAAAGUAUGAAACAGUUUGUAAAGCUCUUGUUAAAAACUAAUGCUUUUCUAGCAAUGGGAUUUUUAUUUUUGGAGAUAGUUUAGAAUUUCUCCAUGUUUGACAUACCAUACUUAGACACAGAAAUAUACAAAGAAUAUGUGUAUUGUCGAAGACUCUCGUGGCCAGAAUCAACUGACUGUUGUGUGUUUUCUGGGUUUACCAGACCAUGGCCACAUAGUCUACAAAACCCACAACAUCCAAAAUAAGUUAUAAUUUUGUUCUAAUCUUAAAAUGGUAAUAGGGCCAAUAUGGAGAUUUUCCUUAGAUCUGUAAUUUGCUAAGUCUGCAAGCACAUUAAAAUUUUUGUAAUUCGUUAUUUUCACUCACUUUUUUUGCAUGUACUAGACACAGAUCGUGCACACUAUAAUAGCAGAUCACAACUGGAUUUUCUAAAUCAUUACAGUGAUUAUAUUACAUAUAUAAAAAACCUCCCUGAGCACAGAAUUAUUUUAAAAUGGAUUCCUUUACUUAUACUAUAUGUAAGUGUUUGCUAUAGAUGUAUACUUUGCUCUCAAGACUAUUUGUACUCUCAGCCUGAUUGUGUCACCUUCCAUAGUACGGCAUCUGCAUGGAACACAAUCAGGAAUAAACUACUACUAAGUUUUUGCUCUGCAGGAGUAUUUGGAACUGAUUAGAGCUUUUUAGCAUUACCAUGUAUGUAUAAAGUACUAAUUUGUGUUAAUGGGCAGCCCAAUUCUACGGGCAGGAGGACGAGUAGGCUGAUAGAAACCGUGUGAGACUGUGCCAGUUUGUUUGCCCACCCCUGCUGGUGGAGAGGGCAAAGGUGCUAGAGGCCAGGUGCCCCUCGACAACACAGCAGAAACCAGGAAGUGGCUGCAACUGUGGAGGAACACUAAUGCCCAAUCGGAUGCUAGCAUGAGGGGCACUCCUGGGGGAUGGAGCCAACAUUAGUCAGUUUCCCCCCGGGCAUUAGGGCCUUUGAGUUGCAUCCAACAAGUGUUGUAACUCCAUUUUAGGGGGGUUGUUUCAGCUGCCUUCCCAUACCACCUGAAAGUCCUCUGGAGGCAGUGGCACAGCAGGACAUGGGGCAGUUUGAUUGAGCUGUAAGAAACUCCAGGGUAGUAUGGUACUCUGAAUUGAGCCAUAAUAGUACACUUCUCCCCAUUUUCCUGUUAUGCAUCCAAGUUGUACUAUAUUUCUUUCUCAAGUUGUUAGAUCCUGGCCAUCUACAAAGGUAUAGAAACAACUUGUGAAUUUAGUUAUGUUUUCAAAAGUUGUGAAAGAUACUUUAAUAGCAGCCUAAUAAGAACUGUUAGUUUAAAAUCAGGUGCCAUUUGAGAUAAUUUAUAUGGAAGGAACUACUUUGAAUUUCAUUUUUAUUAGAAAAUACUUUACAGGGAAAUCUAAAAAGAAAUUUUGGCUGUAGGCUAUCACUCAGACAGCUAGAAGUUUUAUGGAGACACAGACAUAAGAUCAUAAUGAGGAUCUCUGUUUUAAACUUCUCCCAUCAUGUAAUGGUUUCAGCGGAACAAAAUGGUUAUUUUAUUAUGGCCUAUGCUGAAUGUGUAACAAUAACACGGUGUGUUUAAAACAUUCAAGAAUUAAAAUUUAUUAUUUCUUCUGGUAACAAUUACGUAGAAUGUUUUUUUUAAAACUAAUGUUCAUUUCAUAUGUUUAUUUUACCCAUCUGGUAGUUAUAGCAACUGGUACUUUUGAAAUAAAGUUAAAAGUGAGCGCAUCCACCGUAGAUUUAUAUUAUGUAUGUUUUAUAAUAAAUAUCUCAUUGAAACUCCA